AUGCGUAAGCAGGAUGUAACAGAGUUAAAAUUAGUAUUUGAAAACGCUGUAUCUUUAUUUGGUGCACCUAGGCAGAUUGUAACCGAUAGGGGUAGAAUGUACGAAAAUAGAUCAUUUAGACAAUGGGUAUCAGACGUAGGUAGUAAUUUAUUCUUUAUAACGCCAGAGAUGCACCAGAGUAACGGUCAGGCUGAGAGAUAUUGCAGAACAGUUCUUAACAUGAUUCGUGUGGAGGUAAAUUUCAGAAACGAAAAUUGGUCAGAAGUUUUGUGGAAACUGCAGCUCACCCUGAACGUUACGAAACAAAAGUCCACUCAAUAUUCACCUUUAUAUUUGUUAAUUGGUAGCGAUGCUGUGACGCCCGUCAUUCGUUCCGUUGUACGCGAUGUGGCUCUAGAAGGAACAAGUGCCAACAGAGAAACCUUACGCGAGCUUGCCCGACAAAGAGCUUCUCAACUGCUGGACAAAAACCGAAAACAGCAGGACACUCGAGUAAAUGAACGGCGCAAACCCCCGCGUACUUUCCAUGAAAACGACGUGGUCUUCGUGCAUAAGAAUAGCCAAUCUGUUGGAAAGCUGGAUUCUGGUAUGCGUGGCCCGUACAAAAUAGUGCGUGCGCUGCCACAUGGACGUUAUGAACUGAAGCUUCUUUCUGGCUCACUUGGGAAGACCACGGAAGCUGCUGCCGAAUUUAUAAGUGCGUGGCACGGAGAGUGGACGCCGGAUGUGUGCACCGCAUUUUUCGAGUGUGAUGAGAAUAGCUCUGAGGAAGGUAUUGUCGCCGGUUCAUCACACCACCAUGACGACAUAGUACCUCUAGACGAACCUAUUAAUGCGGGCGAGGACGCUCCGCCGUCAGGAGAGGCCGUGUUAGAAGAUGAUGAUGACAUUGGAGGCGUGGCCUAAGUGACGUCAAGGAUGGUGUGAUGUCGGGAGGGCGCGUGGCGAGAUGUUGUUGGAGGGGCGCGUUUGGGCUCAAGGCGCGUUGGCGCAAGGCAUCGUUCUCUUGUGCUUGCGACAGUCGGGACGGACGGACGUUCACAUCGUUGCACAAUCGUUGUAUUUUAUUAUUCAAAGUUAUUAUUGUCAAAGUUUAGUUGUUGUCAAGAUUUAGUUGCAUUUCGUUAACCUUAGUUAAUUUACAUUGUUGGUUAUAAUUAAAGUGAUUUCUGUCUAGGUUAUAUCGUUUAUAUUUUUUUUUAAUAGUAAAGUUAGGGUGUUGAUAAUAAUAUAUAUAUAUAUAUUGUAAAAUCAGAUACGUCAUACUUCUGAAGAGCGAACACAAAGCGGAUUUCCAAGGUUAUACAGAAUUAAUACACAUUCAACUAAGAAACAAACUGCUCCCAGAAUUAUCUUUUUUUAAAUUGCUGCUGUAGGUAGAUGAGCAUACUGCACACAUGAUAGUAAUGACCGUCGUCCAUAGACGUCAGUGACCCCAGGAGAACAGCCAAGUCACCGAGUACCUCCGCAAACCUCGCUUGAUGAAAGACCUGUCUUAACUAUCGGGAAAUACGUUGGGGAGUCAGACGAUAUGUGGCCAAAAAUAUCACUGACCGCACUGACAAUGAACUGUUACGAAUAAAUAGGUUGCCGAUAGGCCCUGCUCGUGGCCGCAAACGGCUCGAUGCCCGAAUGUUAUAAUGACAAAAUGUGAAACUUUGUAAUUAAGCGACCGUGUCGUACUUAUCACGUACGACUUUCACAUUGAAAUAGUCCGAUUCAAAUUUGCGUAUGUAUUCUCAGCUAUAUUCACAUUCUCACACUUUCUACAAAAACGUUUUCCAUUCUCAAAUAUCUGCACCGAAAUAUAGGGUUACAUUUUUUUGCUGAAGAAAUAAAAUACGAUGAAGUGGCUAAAGGAAAUCGAGGCGAAACAUAAAUUCCUAAAAUUCUCCACAACAAAAAGGUCACGUCCAGUUUUUGCGCAAAACGUUCCUAAAUAAAUCCGUGUACGGCUCUACGGACUAAAGGGUUUCGUAGGGGGGUGGUACCUCAAAACAUGAGAUCGAAGUCAAAUUAGAUGAUUAGACCGGUUAGAUGAGAUCGAGGAUCGAGAUGAAAUAGUAGAACAAGGCAGGAUGAUGAUAUUAAAUCGUGCGAACUCAGCUGUAUGCCCUACCACCAGUAAUUAGGCAAAUUUCUAUAUUUUACUGUUUUGAUCUUUAUUACACAAUUGUUACUCCUUCAUUGCGGAAGACGUUCGUGACGUAACGUAUUGGGUACGUAUUUCCUAAAAAAAAAACAUUGUAUCUGCCUGCGGGAUUUGACCACCGGCAUAGUUACAUUGUUCGAUAAAAGUACACCGGACUUCUUAUCUUUUAGGCCACGACUUUACUGACUGGCAUCUCAGAAAAUGAAAAAAUCUUAAAGUAUCUU